UUGAACGUUGAACGUUCAAACUUACACUUCUGUUUCCACGUCUCAAUUUCCAUCCUCCCGCGUUUACACGCCAUUUGAUUCUCUCUUCAGAUCUGCUUCCUUGUCACCCCCUGCAACUUUCGAUUACACCACCCACCAUCAAAAUGGUUCCAACUCACUUCUUCUUCUUCUUCUUCUUCUUCUUCUUCUUCUUCCUCUUCUCACACUUGUUUUGUCCUGCAAACUCCCAAAAUCUCUACGAUCAAGAACAUCAAGUCCUGCUCAAACUCUUCCAGCACUGGGAAAACCCGUCCUCCAUUCAACACUGGAUCUCCACCAACUCAUCCUCUCACUGCACCUGGCCAGAAAUCAUCUGUACCCAAAACUCAAUAACCUCUCUGCUAAUCUAUGAUUUAGGCAUCAGACGACCAAUUCCUGACUUCAUUUGCGACCUCAAAAACCUUACUGUCCUCGAUCUUCAGUACAAUUACAUACCCGGAAAUUUUCCUACACUUCUAUACAACUGUUCUAAGCUUGAGUACCUUGACCUCUCUCAGAACUACUUUGUUGGUCCGCUUCCUAAUGACAUUGAUCGCUUGCAUCGCCUCCAAUAUCUCAGCCUUGCUGCUAAUAACUUCUCGGGUGAUAUUCCGCCAGCCAUAGGGAGUCUAAAGGAAUUGAGGGAUCUUCAUCUUCACCAGAACCAGUUCAAUGGUACCUUCCCCCCAGGAAUCGGCAACUUGUCUAAGCUUGAAAGGUUGUAUUUGGCUUACAACACUAAAUUCCAGCCAUCCAAGUUGCACUCUAGUUUUACCCAGCUGAGAAACCUCAAGGAGCUGUGGAUUUCAGAUUCAAAUUUGGUGGGUGAACUGCCUGAGACGAUGGGGGACAUAGCAGCCCUGGAGAAACUGGAUUUGUCAACCAAUGGUUUAACAGGAAAUAUUCCCAGCAGUUUGUUCACGUUGAAGAAUCUGAGACAAGUUUACCUGUUUAAGAACAAUCUAUCAGGAGAGAUUCCGCAAAUGAUGGAGUCCUUAAACUUGACCGAGCUGGAUCUUUCAGAGAAUAACUUAUGGGGGAAAAUUCCAAAUGACAUUGAGAAGCUCAGCAACUUAUCAGUUCUGGUUCUCUUUUCUAAUAAAUUAUCAGGUGAAGUACCUGAAAACAUAAGCCGAAUUUCAACACUAAAAGAUGUUAGAUUGUUUGACAACCGUUUAACGGGAAUUCUGCCUCAGGAUUUUGGAAGAUACUCGUUUCUUGAGGCAUUUGAGGUUGCAUCCAACAGGUUCACCGGCCAGCUACCUCAACACUUGUGCUAUGGUGGUAAGCUGCAAGGAGUGGUGGCUUUUGAUAAUAAUCUGAUUGGUGAAUUGCCAGAUUCUCUUGGUAAUUGUAACAGUUUGGUCACUGUUAUGAUUCAAAACAAUAAGUUCACUGGUAAAAUUCCUGUUGGGUUAUGGACAUCACUCAAUCUUUCUGUCCUGAUUGUCAAUGACAAUUUGUUUACGGGUAAGCUUCCCGAUAAAUUGUCCCAUAAUCUUUCGCUGAUUGACAUUAGUAACAACAUGUUUUCUGGGGAAAUUCCCAUGGGAGCCAGUAGCUGGGUGAAUCUUGUUGUGUUCAAAGCUAGCAAUAACCUCUUUAAUGGUACCAUUCCAAGAGAAUUAACAGCUCUUCCUUCACUUACUACUCUUUUGCUGGAUCGGAAUCAACUUGUUGGCUCUCUUCCAUCAGAUAUAAUUUCUUGGAAGUCAUUAGCGAAUCUAAACCUCAGUGGAAAUCAGCUUUCUGGAAAAAUUCCAGAACAAAUUGGUGUUUUGCCAGUCUUGAAUGAAUUGGACUUAUCAGACAACCAACUUUCUGGCCAAAUUCCUUUUCAAAUUGGCCUCCUCAAGCUGACUUCUUUAAAUCUCUCUUCCAAUCAUCUCACUGGGAAAAUUCCAAAUGAGUUUGAAAAUGAGGCCUUCUCCACUAGCUUCUUGAACAACCGCGGUCUUUGUGCCAGCAGCCCAGAUCUAAACCUCAAUGCCUGCAACUCCAGACCCCAAAAAUCAUCUAGAGGUUCUUCCCAGCAUCUUGCUUUGAUUUUAUGUAUUGUUGUAGCAGUAUCUGCAUUGUUGCUUACGUUCCUCAUGAUCAAAGUAUGCUGGAAAAGAAAUAAUGGACUUCACUCAACAUGGAAACUCACCUCAUUUCACAAGUUAAACUUUACAGAAUGCAACAUUCUCUCAGAACUGAAAGAAAAUAACAUGAUUGGAAGUGGUGGUUCGGGGAAAGUAUACCGUGUUGCAUUAACCAAUUCAUUAGUUGUUGCAGUAAAGAAGAUUUGGAAUAAUAGGAAGUUAGAGGAGAAACUUGAGAAGGAGUUUUUUGCUGAAGUUGAGAUUCUUGGGACAAUCAGGCAUAUGAACAUAGUGAAACUGAUGUGUUGUGUUUCCAGUGAGAAUUACAAGCUUCUUGUCUAUGAAUACUUGGAAAAUAACAGCCUAGAUCAGUGGCUGCAUAGAAAGAAACUGCCAUCAUCACCUACUGCUUCUCAGCUUGUUCUAAAUUGGCCCAAGAGGUUACAUAUUGCAACUGGGGCUGCCAAGGGGCUCUGCUACAUGCACCAUGGCUGCUCACCACCCAUUGUUCAUCGAGAUGUGAAGUCAAGCAACAUUCUUUUAGAUUCUGAAUUUAAUGCCAAAAUAGCUGAUUUUGGUCUAGCUAGGAUGCUGAUCAAGACUGAAGAAGUUGCAACAAUGUCAACUGUGGCUGGUUCUUUUGGAUACAUAGCUCCAGAAUAUGCUAGUACGACAAAGGUAAACGAGAAAAUUGAUGUCUAUAGCUUCGGGGUAAUCCUGUUGGAGCUGACAACAGGAAGAAAAGCGAAUUAUGGAGAUGAGCAUACAAAUCUUGCAGAUUGGGCAUGGCGUUAUAUUGAAGAAGGGAAUCAUAUAGCAGAUGCUUUGGAUGAGGAGAUCAAGGAAGCUUGUUAUGUGGAUGAGAUGAGCAAUGUGUUCAAACUUGGGAUCAUUUGCACUAGCAAACUGCCAUCUUCCAGGCCCUCGAUGAAUGAGGUUGUAGAAAUUCUACUGCGAAGCAACUGUCUGCAUUUUUACAGGGAAAAACCUAAUGGAAGUGAGUAUGACGCAGACCCUCUUCUCAAGAAUUCAAGCCGGGAGCAGUGGUUAAGAAAUGCAGAUGCUACUUUGGCAUAUCAAGUGUGAAGUUUGUGUAUCAGGAUGCCUUUGGGUGUGAAACUAUGAACAGGAGUGCAGGGAAACUAGUAAAGUCAAGGUGAAACUAGGAUACAUGAAGCAAUAACUAGAUGGUUUAGUGUUUCAUUAAAAGCUUUGUGAUUAUUUUAACUGUGAAAAUUUUUAGAUCCCUAGCAAAGAUGCUCUUUGUCAUA